GCGCGAGAUCCGCGCCGCUUUUCCCCCGCGGGGCCGGGCCAAGUUUGAAAAAGUUCCCCGCCGGCGCCGGGCGGUCUCCGGGCUGCGGCGAUGGCGGCCAGGCAGAUCCAGCAGGGCAGCUGUCUCUACCUGUUGAGCAACGGGCUGGAGGUCCCGGAUCCAGGGAUCCAGCAGAAACUGGAAUCCGAAAAGGACGCUGUCCGCCGGGCCAUUCAGAAGGAGCUGAAGAUCAAGGAAGGGGCUGAAAAUCUGCGGCGGGUGACCAAGGACAAAAAGAAUUUAGCCCACGUGGACAAUGUGCUAAAGUCGUCCAGCCGGAAGCUGGACCAGUUGCACGGCCAGCUCAAAGCGCUCCAGGCACGGAUUGUCACCGGGGAGCGAGGCGGUGGCCAAACAGAUGCAAACGGGUCACCCGAUCUCAAGCUUUGGGGAAAGGACCCCAACCACAUUUCGAAAAGGCUGGAGGCCUUGAAGAAGCAGCUUCACAUUGAGCUGAAAGUGAAGCAGGGAGCUGAGAACAUGAUCCAGAUGUAUUCCAGCCCAGCAAAGGAGCGGAAACUCUUGGCCGCUGCUCAACAAACUUUUCAGGACAGCAAGACGAAAAUCGAGCUGAUCCGCAUGGAAAUGGUGAAGCUGUCUCAGGCGGCAGGUGCUGCAGGUGACCCCCUCACUCCAACAGGGAUGGGAGACAGAGGGCCCUUCCUACACCUGGAGCUGCGUCUCGAAGAACUGCGGCAUCGCCUGCGCGUGGAAGCAGCGGUGGCCGAGGGAGCCAAAAAUGUGGUGAAGAUCCUUGGUGGCCGGCGGGUGCAGGACCGGAAGAUGUUGGCAGAGGCACAGACUUGCCUGCAGGAAUCAUCUCAAAAGAUCGAUCUUUUUCGGCUGUCCCUCGAGCACCUUCUGAGCAAGCUUGCUCCAGAUCACCCAAAACGGGGGCUAAUCAAGCAAGAAAUAACGAACACCUUCUCCCUUGGGGCUCAACAGUUGCCCCCAACUUUGAUCAAGCCCACGGCUCUCACAGGUAGCCUUCAAGUACGUUUGAUAGGCUGUGAAGACCUCUUGGAGAAGACCUCAGGCCGCUCCCGUGUAGCCACUUCUGUUCCCGUUUAUACAAGCCCUGAUGACUUCAAGCCCUUGACUCGGACAUGGGUUGGUGUCAACAUCCCUGGCCGGGGGUCUGCGGGAAAACUUCGCUCUGAGGAACUCAGUGGCGAAGUCCUUGCGGUCCUCAAGGUUGACAACAAGGUCGUCGGCCAGACAAAUUGGGGGCCGGUUAAUAGGCAGUCUUGGAACCAAACAUUUACUAUUGAGUUGGAAAGAUCUCGGGAGCUGGAAGUCUCAGUCUAUUGGCAUGAUUGGCGCAAACUCUGUGGGGUGACGUUCCUGCGUCUGGACGGCUUCCUUGAUAACGCCUGCCACAGCAUGGCCGUUUCUCUCGAGCCACGAGGGACGCUCUUCGUAGAGGUAACGUUCAGCAACCCUGUCAUUGAGACCCACUCCAAGCUGCAACGCCAGAAGCGCAUUUUCCCCAAACAAAAAGGGAAAGAGUUCCUCCGAGCUUCUCAGAUGAAUGUCAACAUUGCCACCUGGGGGCGCUUGAUGAUGAGCCUUCUGCCCCCUUGCAGCUCCUUGAACACUUCAAGCCCCCCUUUCCGAGAGUCCCUACGUCCAGAUGUUUCCUCUGCAGCUGCUGCUGAGGACAAUUUGGGGCCCGUGCAGGCCAGCACCUCCCCGCCAGCGAAGUUGAUUUUGGGAAGUCAGCCCCCACCCAAGCCCCCACGCCUCUUUCUGCCGUUUCCUCGCGAGGAGCCGGCCACAGAACCGACGAAUCAGAAAGCUCCCCCCCUCCAUGAAAAAGCAUGCAACUUGCAAGAGGCUGACGUCAGGAGGAGAACCCUGCAGCUUGAAGACUUCUGUUGUAUUGCGGUGUUGGGUAGGGGCCAUUUCGGAAAGGUGUUGCUCGCUCGUCACAAGGCCACCAAGAAGCUCUUUGCCAUCAAAGCCCUGAAGAAACAUGAGAUAAUUAGCCGGGACGACUUGGACAGCUUGAAUUGUGAGAAGCGUAUUUUUGAAGUCAUCAACUCUUCUGGUCAUCCCUUCCUGGUCAACAUGUUUGCCUGCUUCCAGAGCCCGAGCCACGCAUGUUUCCUGAUGGAUUAUGCUCCCGGCGGGGACCUCAUGAUGCACAUCUGCUCCAGCAAUUUCUCCGAGGAUGCCACUCGGUUCUACUCUGCCUGCGUUGUCUUAGGACUUCAAUUUUUACAUGAGAAGGCAAUCAUUUACAGAGAUCUGAAAAUGGAUAACUUGCUCCUAGACGCUGAAGGGUUUGUGAAGAUUGGCGAUUUUGGGCUUUGCAAGGAGGGCAUAGGUUUUGGGGACCGGACCAGCACCUUCUGCGGCACCCCAGAAUUCCUGGCUCCGGAAAUCUUGACGGAUCCGUCUUACACCCGGGCCGUGGACUGGUGGGGGCUCGGCGUGCUCAUUUUUGAGAUGCUGGUGGGAGAGUCUCCAUUCCCUGGUGACACCGAAGAGGAGAUUUUUGACAGCAUCGUCAGCGAAGAUGUCCGUUUCCCGCGAUUCCUCUCUGCAUCCAGCACCUCCCUUAUGCACAAGCUUCUCCAGAAGUGUCCUGAGCGACGCCUCGGAGCAGGAGCAGAAGAUGCAGAAGAGAUUAAAGCUCACCCUUUUUUCAAGGAGAUGGAUUGGGGUGCCCUUUUUGCCCGAAAGCUCAAGCCACCUUUGGUGCCCAGCUUGAAAAGCGCCACCGACGUCAGCAACUUUGACAAGGAGUUUACGUCUCAAAGGGCAGUCCUGACGCCUCCGGAUGAUGCCGUUCCUCUCACUGUGGAAGAACAAGCCCUGUUUAAGGACUUUGACUUCAUCUCCCGACACCUCCUGGAGGUCUAACUUGGGCUGAGGCCCUGCACUGGCUGCUAGAGAUCCCCCCACCUCAACUGCUGCUUAAGAAAAGCUUUAACCCAUCACAGUUUGGGGAAAAUGACCUUUCCAAGCACAGUUAUUUUUUUCAAGGCAGAAAACUUAGUCCUGAGAAUGGACUGGGGCAGCAUCUGGAAACUGCUCGUCUAGAAAUUGGUUAACUUCCAUCAGCUCCCCACUAACUCUGGAUCGUUGGGGUAAAAUAUAGAUUUUAUGCUGGAUAGUUGUGGGUCAUGGAAAGAAAUGGUGACUUUAUUUGCAGCCCCCUGGAAGGCUGACAAGGUUCUGCUGGGAGAGGGAGGCCCGCUGUUUCUGGUUUGCUUUGAAAUUUCAUCCAGUCCGGAAAGUUUUGCUGCUGCUGCUGCUUCCAGUGGUCUAACGAAUAAACUCCCCGUUGGAGAACCAUUUGGCUGUUCUCCUACCUCAGCCAGGAUGGACCCUCGGAAAAAUCGUUGUAAGAGCGAGACCGUUGUAUGUUUGGGGCCCUGGGCCCUGAAAGAUGCUUUCUGGGUGGUCCAGAAGCCUCAUCUCUGCCAGAGAAAGGCCUAGCGACUUGCCUGCGAUUUUCAGGCAUGUACGGACAAUGUUGAGAGCCAUGCUCGACGUUGUUUCUGAUUGGUAUUUGAU